AUGCUGUUUGUCACUAUUAAGGAGGACCCAAUUAAAGACCCUGUGGUCCCCGACACUCCAGCCACCACUGCCACCCCUUUUUCAGCCCCAACUGAGGCUCCAAAAAGGAAGGAUAAAAAGACUUCCUGGUGGCGUAAGUGGUGUCCUAAGAAGAAAACCAAACAGUUGACUCCUGAAAAAGAAGAUGUGGCUGAAGAGACAAACCUCCCAUCUUCUCCUUCAGAAAGAAGUGUGGACUACAAUGUUGUGUCUGAGGGUGGAGAAGCUGUCCCGGAGGCUUCGUCCACCCCGGACCCUCAGGUCUCAGCUGGAACUGAGCUGAACCCUGAGGAAGAAGACGUGGCAGAGGACACAAACCUGCUGUCUUCUGCCACAGAGGAGAGUGUCGACUACACGGCCCAGUCUGAGGGUGAAGAAGCUGUCCAGGAUACUUCGUCCACCCCGGACCGUCAGGUCUCAGCUGGAACUGAGCUGAACCCUGAGGAAGAAGACGUGGCAGAGGACACAAACCUGCUGUCUUCUGCCACAGAGGAGAGUGUCGACACCAUCCUGGGAUCUAAGGAUGGAGAAGCUGUCCAGGAGGCUUCGUCCACCCCAGACCCUCAGGUCUCAGCUGGAACUGAGCUGCAGCCUAAAGAAGAAGAGGUGGCAGAGGACACAAACCUGCGGUCUUCAACCACAGAGGAGAGAGUCGACAACACCGUUGAGUCUGAGGGUGGAGAAGCUGUCCAGGAGGCUUCGUCCACCCCGGACCGUCAGGUCUCAGCUGGAAAUGAGCUGAACCCUGAAGAAGAAGACAUGGCAGAGGACACAAACCUGCCAUCUUCUGCCACAGAGGAGAGUGUCGACACCAUCCUGAGAUCUGAGGAUGGAGAAGCUGUCCAGGAGCCUUCGUCCACCCCAGACCCUCAGGUCUCAGCUACAACUGAGCUGAACCCUGAAGAAGAAGACGUGGCAGAAGACCUGUCGUCUUUUGCCACAGAGGAGAGUGUCGACACCAUCCUGGGAUCUGAGGAUGGAGAAGCUGUCCAGGAGCCUUCGUCCACCCCAGACCCUCAGGUCUCAGCUACAACUGAGCUGAACCCUGAAGAAGACGUGGCAGAGGACACAAACCUGCUGUCUUCUGCCACAGAGGAGAGUUUUGACAACGUCCAGGAUUCUGAGGGUGGAUUAGUUGUUGUCCAGGAAGCUUCAUCCACCCCUGACACUCCAGUCUCCGUUGUUUCUGAGACUAAAAAGAAAAAGAAGAGACCUUGGUGGCGUCGGUGGUUUUGGCCUCGCCGCAAGAAACAGAAGUCAGCAUCUCCUGUUGAGACAGAUGGAGAAGAGAGAAGCCCUUCGUCUGAGGUCACAACCAUCAAGGCUGACAUAGAUGUGAUCAGUGACCUCCCCCCUGCCGCACCUGUAUCCAGGCGAGGACGCGGCGGGAGUCAAAGCGGCGACUCGGCCAUUGAUCUGCUUGCGUCAAUUCAAGAUCUGUUGCCAUCAACCAGCAACACUGGACAGAUCUCCAGAGAGGAGCUAGUCUGCCUAGGGUUCCCCAACCUAGCACAGACGUGUUAUAUGAAUUCCACCCUGCAAGGCCUUCUGACACUGCGUCCAUUUGUUCUGGAGGUACACAGCCAGCAGCAGGUUUGGAGUUCUGUACCUACCUCUCAACUCAUCAGUGGGUUUGUGGAUGUCAGAGUCUGCCGCUUCUCCAGUAAUGAAAGGGAGAAGAGAGGUGUCCUGUUUGCCUUUAAACAGACUGUUGCUGAGUUUAACUCAGAGUUUAAAGACGACAGUCAGAAGGACGCCCAUGAGUUCCUCAGCUGUGUUCUGGACAGGCUGAGGUCUCUGUCUCUGCAUCUGGAUGCGGCGGCAGUUGACAUGGGCAUGAGCUACACCUGCCCUGUCAACGCUCACAUUGCUUUUCAGAUGCUGAGCACCAGGACCUGCAAGGGAUGUGGUAUGCAAUCCAUGAGGGAGGAGGAUUAUAUAAACCUCUCCCUGGACCUGGUGCCUGGAGGCUCUGUGAGUGAGUUCCUUCAGGAGUACCUGAAACAACGCCACUUGGACUACAGAUGCGAGUGCGGUGCUGAGGAGUCGCUGCAGCAGUCCUCCUUUUUGACUCAUCCCAAUGUACUGAUCCUGCAGCUGCAGCGAUUCAGGUUCACCAAGUCUUUCAACCUGGAGAAAAUGAACAGCCCUGUUGUCCUACCAAAGGAGCUAGUGGUGAUUGCCGAAUCCAGCACCGCCAAACAGACUCACUACUCUCUCGUGAGCGUCGUCAGCCAUUUGGGCUCCACAGCUCAUUCUGGUCACUACAUUUGUGAUGGCGCUCACAGACAGCUGGAGCCGGGUGACAUGACAGUUCGUUGGCUGACUUACAACGACAGUGCGGUCAGUGAGACAGCCAUCGAUUCUGUCUGUCACCUGCGACAAAGAACUGCCUACCUGCUGUUCUAUGAGAGGCAGCUUUAGAGGACCAGAGGACCAAUGACAGGAUCUGCGAAAAGACCAACUACAAGACCAAUGACAGGGCCAAAAACGGCGCAGGAAAGCAGCACCUGCGACCACUACAACACAUGUUUUUUGCUGCUUUUAUGAAAAUUAUCUAAAAUUUAUCAAAAUUAAAAUUAAAAUUAAAAUGUCUCAAAUAUUUACUCAAUGUGGCUUACCCACCCAUUUUAUAUAAGUUACCAACCUGGUCUCUUCAAUGUAAAAGA